UCCUGCCAGCGGUCAGAGAGGCUCUCUGGCUAUAUAUAAGCCCCACCAGCGGAGAGGUAGGUUUCAGAGCCCCAGGGGAAGGCAGUGCCUACUGCCACGCUUGUCUCAGGUCAGGAAAAGACCCCACGUUUUCCCUGCUGUAUUAAUGAAAAAUAACCCUACGGGCUACACCUGUCCCAGCCGUGAGUCUUUCCAGGCCUCGGCCCUGGCGGGUGGAGCCAGCCCUUCACUUGGUGCGUUUUGCCUUCACGUACUUUAAAAAAAAGAAUUAAAAAUAAAUCUCGGAGCCUAUUGAAAGGGAUUGGGGUUCAGAGGGUGAGCAGGCUGUCAUGCAGAGCCUUUGAACAGAGGGGGUUUAGUUCCCUCUGCCAGGAGAUCUCGAAGUGGGACCUCAGGCUAUCAAAAGACAGUGCUAGGGCUGGAGGAUCCUCCAUCAGGAUCUUUCUCUUCUCCCCGCCUUGUAAUGCGAGCUCAGGGGCAGGGAGCAGUAGCAAAUUCAAAUCCAAUCCAAGGAAUGAUACCCACGUGGUUAGCCAAUGGAACUCGCUGCUACUGGAUGGUGCUGAGACCAGGGCCUCAGGAAGAGGGCUGGGAGGGUGAUCUGGACACUGAAACUAGACAAGGUAGCAUGAAUGCUGAUGACAAUUCAGGAAGGGGUAUUAACCUCGUAUGUCGAUGUGCCAGGGCUGAAGGUGAUCUUCAGCAGAGCGCACAGUGUGACCUACGGCUGCAGGGGGUCUUACAUCUUCCCCUGUGGCAGCAGAUGCUGAGCUAGAUGGGCCUCUGGUCUGACCCCACCUAGCAGGCCCAGUUCCUCCUCUAAUUGCAAAUGAGUGUUUUCCAAACAGUGUGGCUGGGUUCUCUGGGGGGCCCAGCAGGGGGGCCCGCAAGGGCCCCGAUCCAGGGAUCGAAUCAAUUACCUUUUUACCAGCAGAAACAGGCAUCUGGGGGAGGACUGAGUAGGGUCGCUGCUCCCCCUGGUGGUGUGAAGGUGCAGCUGCAGCGUCACCCUUCAGCCUGCCUGGUUUAGGGGGUCAUCUUGCAGGAAAGCACCCCAAAUCCAGCCCUACCCCCAGCCGCUUCCGUGCCAAGCUGAGUUGGCCUGCGGAUCUGGGAGCGUGUGGCCGACACAUCUGUGAAACACGAAGGGACGCGUGCCCUUUCCAGCAGUGGAGGGGUCAGAGAAGAGCCAUAGGAUUUGAUUAAAGGGGUAGGAGACAAACCUACAAACCUCAGGCUGCCCCCCGGGCUCCUGGGGGGGAGGUCAGUGCCUGGAGCCCGGACAGCUGCUGGGCUCCCAACGGGGAGCUGGGAGCGGGGUUGGGAGCUGGGAGCCGGGACCCCAGGGGCAGCAGGGCUCCCAGCAGGUAGUGGGGAGCUGGGGCAGCAGUUCAGCUAGAAGCAGGAGCCCAGGGGGGCAGCCGGGCUCCAGCUGGAGCUUCCCACCCACCCCUGGGGUUCACCGCAGGGAACCUACCACCAGCCUUUCUCCUCAAUUUCAGGGCUGUAACCCAGGAGCUGUGAAAUUGACAAGAAGGGCAGCCAGCGGCCCCUGUAAGUAAUGCAGGGUCCGCAGGGACACCGUCACCCUAACUGCACUGACAUUAGCCCUACGCCUCUCCCGGAGGGGGAGUAAUGAUCUCGGGGCAGCCGGGCACCGGCAUCGGCGGGAGCACGGCCGUAGUGUGGACGCUGACGUAGUAAGCUGCCCUACCUCAAUCUAGCAUUGGACUGGCCUUGUCUACACUUGCAAGUUAAAGCGCAUUAAAUCAGCCCCGGGCACGCAAAUAGCUCCCUGGAUUUUGGAUAACGCAGAGAAGGGGAAGUGUUGGCUCAGUCCCAGGCUGAACGUACUGCCAUGGGGAACAACUUGGUAAUCGUGGGGUCUUCAGGCGAGCAGAGGAAGGACGACCAUGAACCAACGGCUGGAAGCUGAAGCUAGGCAAAAUGAGGCUGGAAAUAAGGUGUGAAUGUUCAGGGUGUGAGAAUUACCCACUGGGGCAGGUCACUGAGGGGCGUGGUGGAUUCUCCGUCACUUUGACAGCUUGUCUAGCUGGCCGAUUUUUCCAGGAGAACCGCACGAGUUCAGACAGGGAUUAAUUGGGGGACGGCUGAUGGCCUGAGUCAUGCAAGGGAAUCGGCACAUGGGGCCUUGCAGCAAUGGGAGCGGGCGGGGCGUCGAGUGCCCUGGGGAACGCCAGCUCUUCACGAGAGCUCAGCUCGGCCUCAGCUGCACCGAGGCUGCCCCUGCUCAGGGAAGAGUCUGAAGUCUCUCAAAGAGAUUGAGAACCCUGGUGUCAGGCGCUGCUGAGACCCCGACUGAGAUCAGGGUCCCCUUGUGCCAGGUGCUGCCCAGACCCUUCACCUGAGAUCAGGGCCCGCACUGGGCCAGGCGCUGCACAGACCCUGACUGUGGUGCAGUCCCUACCCCGAAGAGCUCACACGCUGAAUAGACACAGGGUGUGGAGGGGAAACUGAGGCACAGCGCGGGGACGCAAGAUGCCCAAGGUCAGAGGUAGAGUUUGGGAACAGAGCCCGGGCGUCCAGACUCCCAGUUGAAUGCUGAAGCCUUUGGGCCAGGCUGCCAUGCUCAGACUAGGCAGGGGGGGAGAGCGCCCUCUGCUGUGUCCUCUGGGGACAGUCACCCCAAGGCCAAGGGGUUGCCCUGCCCCUCCUCCCUCCGGUGGGGGCUGGUGAACUGGCUGCCACCCCAGUCUGGGGAAGGGGAUGCCCAGUAGCCAUGGUUACAGGGACCUCCCACACACACAUUCCCAGCUCUCUCCCAGGCCUGGGGGGGGUUAUGGAGAUACAGCCCCCCCCCCCAACCCUUGUGUUGUAUCCCAUGUGUUCCAGCUGGUUGCUAAGCAACAUGUGGUAUGGCGAUGCCCGGUUACGGUUGCCAAUGUGGGGUGGUUACCGGCCCAGUCGGGGAGGAGGGGCUGUGUCACAUAAGAUCCCCCCCCCAUAAGAGAAGGAUGGAUGCUGUGUGAGUGCAGCCUGCUAUGGGUCUGACUUCCAGUACUGCUGCCCCCUGUAGGGGGAUUCCCCAUCCGCUCAGGUGUCCUGUCCUGGCUGCUGCGUAGUGGGGGGGUGACCGGGGGAGGGGGAGCGCUCAGCCCUGGCUUUUCUGGCUGUGUCAGGCAUUGCUCCCCCCCCCACCGCUGUGCCAUAGACCAGCCAGGGCCUGUCCCUCCCCUUCACUCCCAGCCACUCCGCAGGCCCUCCUCUUUGGGGAGAGAGGGCUCCCCUCCGAGAUCCACCCCCCCCGUCCAUUCCCCUCAGCCCCCCCCCCCGGGAGCCCUCCCCAGGCCUUAUUCUGUAUGGGGACCUCUGUAACGACGGGUGCGGGGGGGCAGCAUGUGGGGCUGAGCGGACCUAGGUGCCGGAGCGGCGGUGGGUGGGCGCGUGGGGCACCCCCUCGGGGGGGGGGAGACUGGCUGGCGCCAGGGGGGCCCUGACGCCCGCUGCGCUGCAGGAGCGUGGCGGAGGAGAACGCCCGGCUGCAGGAGCUCAUUGCGGAGGAGCUGGCCCAGGCCGAGCGCUGGCAGGGGCACUAUGAGGGGCUGCUGGGGCGCCAGGCCCGGCUCCGUGCCCUGCUGCAGGCCCAGAGGUGAGACCCCCCCCCACCAGGUGUAGGGGGGGCCAGGCAGGGAACCUUGGCGGAGGAGGUGCGUGGGGGUGGAGCCUGUGCUGUGGUCCCUGGGGGGCAGGGAGGGCCAUGCCCUGGGCAUGCCCCUCCCCCCCGCCUGAUGCCCCCUUGUCCCCGCAGCCUGGAGUCGCUGGAGCAGGCCACCCGGGUGCUGCGGGAGGAGCUGGAGGAGGCUCAGGGCGCCUUGCGGGAGUGGCAAGAGCAGAACCACCAGCGCCACAUCCCCCAGUGGGAAAAAGAAAACCAGAGACUGGCUGAGACCAUCCAAGAGCUGGAGGGAAAGGUCUCCAAGCAGAGAGAGUGGGAGAAGACCCACAAGCAGGCCCUGCAGCAGCUGCGGGUGCAGGAGGACGAGCUGCAGAGGCACCUGUGGGACAUGGAGGCCAAACGUCGGGCCAAGGCUGACAGGAUCCGGGAGAAGCAGCGACACAUGGAAGAGCUGAGUGGGACCAUCCAGGGACUUUCUCGAAGAACCCAGGUCCUGCACAGGAAUAUCAGCUGCUGGGGUGAUCUGGUGCUGGAGGCUCAGCAGGAGGCAGAGCUCUUCCAAAGGAAAGCGCUAUACAGACUCCCUGGGACCCCAGCCAGCAACCUCCUGUGGGAGGAGAGAUUGCGUGACCAGACGGAGAAGCUGCUUUGUCAGGAGUCGGGGGCCUCAGGGCCAAGGGGGCGACUCCCCCUAAGGUUCCUGGCCUAUAAGCUGCCCUGGCCCCGGCACAGCCCCCCGGCCGAAGGCAUGCGCUACAUGUACCAGGAUGCCCGCUCUGGCGGCUGGGUGCCCGGCCGCACCCUCAUGAACAGCACCCAGAGCGCCGUGGGCAGGACCCUACUGCAGCUCUACCAGGGGGCAAACAGGAGGACGGAGGACACGGCCUAUGUCCUGUACAACGACCAGCCCCCAAAGAACGUCCCCUCCUCCACCAGCCCCAGGGGGCACACCAAGGGCGUGGUCCUGCUGGACAGAGCCCAGGGCUUCUGGCUGCUGCACAGCACCCCCCACUACCCGCCCCCUGUGACGGAGACCUACGCCUGGCCCCACAGCGGCCUGCACAACGGCCAGUCCUUCCUGUGCGUCACCUUCCCCUAUGCCCAGUUCAAGGAGAUCGGCACCCAGCUGAGGUUCGACGACCCCGCGGUGUUCGAUGCCCGGGUGCAGGGGGCCUUUGCCCAGGCCCUGCCCGACCUGCACCUGGCCUCCGAGAUGCAGCAUGUGCGGGAGCCCCCCUGGAACCGCAGCGUGGCCCUGACCUCGCUGGGGGGGCGUCGCUUCCUGAGCCUGGCCAAGUUCCGGCUCUUCCACGACGAUCUCUACUCCGGCUGGGUGGCCCAGGCACUCUCCAGUGACCUCUACGUCCAGUUCUGGCCCAACUCGCGGGGUGUCCUGCCCUCCAACUGCUCGGGGCCCUACCGGGUCUAUAACAUCGAGGAGCUGGGCUUCCCGGCCCCGGGGCCCGACUUCCCAGCCACUGUCGACCACUCCAAGUGGUGCGUGAGCACCGAGAGCACACCCGGCUGGGCCUGCGUGGGCGACAUGAACCGCAACCUGGAGGAGGAGCAGCGGGGAGGGGGGACCCUGUGCCAGCAGGAUCCGGCCGUCUGGAAAUCCUAUUAUGCCCUGGUGCAGAAGUAUAGCAAGUGCUAGGAGGGGAGCGGAGUCUAGUGGGUAGAGCCGGGAUGGGGAGUCAGGAGUCCUGGGUUCUCUGCCCUGGUGACUCUCUGGGGGACCUUGAGCACUUCAUUUGCUGGUUCAGUGCCUCAGUUUCCCCAUCAGUGAUGUAGGGACAAUUGCACUUACCUACCUCUCUGGGGCUGUGGGGCAGAGUGGAUUCAAUGGUGUCUGCAAAGCUGGGGGGGUCUCCAUGCCCCUGUAUAAAUGCAGCCACUGCACUGGUUCUUUCAAUAAUAAUCUCCUGAUUUCUAA